AUGGGCACUUCACUAAAACUCCCGGAACCCCUCGACCCCGUUGCAUUAUCACGGUUUAUAGAUCACAUUUGCGGUGUGGCUGAUUUUACGACCGGGGAGGAUAUCGAUGACCUCAUGAUUAUGAGUGAGAUAUCUGCUCCACCAGUGUUGCAGAAGACAGCCAACCCUGAUGAGCUCGUGAUUAUGGGUGAGUUGUCCUCGCCACCAGCGCUGCAGCAGAAGAAGGCCAGUGCUGAUGGUGGGUGCCAUGAGGAUGAUGAUGAUUGUGUAGUUCUAGAUGGUGACCCUGAUAAGGCGGUUACAGUUCCUGAUGAGGGGAGCGCGGGAGAUGGCAAUAGCAUGCAGGGACUUCCCUCAUUCGCGCCAUUUAUGCUCAAACUUGCCUUUCAGCACUACUACUCACGUGAAGCAUUGUACCAUGGGACUGUUGCUCCAGUCUUUGCAACAAGAAAUGCUAGCCAAUUUUGUUCUUCUGCUCCAGAUGAUCUCCUUAUGCAGCAGGCAUCGUCUAAUGCAUCUCAGCCUGUUCAAGUUGCACCUACAACCAAUGCUUUCACUGGCACUUCUCAGAACAACCAUUUUCAGAGAUCUUUCAGUGCACCGAUAGCACCUCAGGUGCAACAAGGUCAACCUGCGGGAUAUUAUCAGGUUGCCAUAAAUGGAAUGCACGCCACAGGGCCGCAAAUUGCACGGUCCACCUCGCUUACAACUCAGAGAACACAAUGCCUCCCAGAACCAGCAAUAAUAGAUGUUGGCACAUCAAGCUGGCAAGACAUACUUGCUACCAUGGCAUCUGAUCUGGGGGUAGAAGAUUACAAUAUGGGCAUCCCUGAGUCUCAGCAUGUAACGGUUGACUCUCAAACCAUGCAUCCCACUGCAAACCAUGGGUUCCAUCUUCAGCAUGAGCCCAUUGCAGAAUCAGAGAACUUCACAUAUUCUCUUGUGCAUGAUUCAUCCAAUGACACAGCAGAUGGCAGUGUUCAGGCAGAUGGUCCUAUGCAAACGUCAGAGAAUUUGGGCCAUCUGAUUGGCCAGAGCAAUCCUGUUCCAAAUGAAGCUCACCUGAAUGACUUUGUGGUUGUCCCUCCUAAUGAAUUACCUAUAGAAGAAGGAGCUCAGCAGCCUGAGAUAUCAAGGGUGGAGUCUGCAAACAUUCAGUUUGAGUUCGAUUGA